AUGGCUCCUCGACUUUCAAGGGUGCCGCUCUUGUUGGCGGCGCUGCUAUCAUGCCAGGAGACACUUGCACAGAUUGUCACAGAGACUUCAUUUGUGACCGUCAAUGAUGUUACGACCUUUUACACUUGUGCGCAAUCUGGACUACCUCUGUGUGGCAAUGUCGUCUGGUCCGCGGCUAGCACAGAAUCUACUGAUACUAUCCCUACUGGUACUGGCACCGGCACCCAGCAGGCCACAGUCACCGAGACUGAAACGGAAGGUGGAACCACAGACACCGUGACUUCAAUUGAUGUGUCCACGGAAGUUGAGUCGGUGACCGAAACUAUUACUCGAUUCACCUCUUCAUCAGUUUCCGCUACCGCCAGCACUGUUCCUACUCUCGUUGCUGGUGACCCAGUUAAUCUAUCACUCACAGAUGCAAACGGUAACGCCUUGCUCUUGGCCGUUGACUCUACCGGCCUCGUUAGAUUUGUUAGCUCAACUUCCGCGGAUGCUGCCAACGCCCAACAAGUUUUCACCGAUGAUCAAGGCGUCUUCCAUCUUGUCAGCGAUCCAAAUCGGGUCAUUUACUUUGGUGUUCCUAGCACAGGUCGCCGAGGUAGAAUUCUGAGACGUCAAGAUGCGGCUAUUGAUCCAUCAAUUAUGGCCAUGUUGGCAGCACUCCAAUCCUCCCUGGGUCCCAACGAUGCUAUUGCCUCUUGGAAGGUUGAUCCAAGUGGCGGUUUGAUCUGCACGUCAGCAGAUGGUACUGUAGUGGAAAUAUACCUUGAUCCCGUUACCGGGACUGCGGUUCCUGUACCCUCCGGAGAAACCCCCCCAGCAGGACUUCUCAAAGCCUCUCCCGUUGCAAAAUCAGUUACAAAUGUUCAACCCGUCACUGGUGCACCACUCAGCAGUUUCACGUUUUCGUUCGCCAGUUCAGGAACAACUUCAAGCGCCAGCACGAGUUCUAGCUCUAGCUCCAGUUCCAGCUCCAGUUCUAGCUCCAGCUCCAGCUCCAGUUCUAGCAGCAGUUCUUCAAGCUCGUCGUCUUCGGCUAAUCCCCUCACCACAAUCAUCACUUCCUACGGUGACUUCUGUUCGACCUUGUUGGGACGUAUUACAUCUACAACUACUCAUACUGGUGAAACACCCACGAGCUAUGUUCCGUCUUUGACGACUUUCAAUACAUUUACAUCUACCUACGUAAAUAGCCUCUUCGUCACGGAGUUUUUGUCUAUUCCUACAAACCCGUCCACAACGAUCAACCCGACAAACACUUCCCCUCCUGCAGGUGCAAAGGUCGUAAAGGCCCAAAGGAAGAAGCGUCAGUCACCGACUACGCCAGCAGCAUUGACGACUUACAGCGCUUCUGCUCUUACUUCAGCCUGCCAGGGCUUUAUCGGAAGCACUUGGUCGCCUGUCACAACUAUCGUCGAAUCAACACCUGCGACUACAGUUGUUACUAGUGUGAACUUCCAGUAUUCAUUCACCACCACUCUCCCCACUUACACUUCUACAAGCUUCAGUACUACCUACACUUCCUGGACUUCAACUCUGGCUCUUGCAGCGGCACAAACGAACAACGUUAAGAUCACAACUGGAACUGGUGCGAACAUGCAAUAUCUUGUAGUAGAUGCCGCCGGUGUCUCAUCGGCGAAGUAUCCACUCAAAUUGGGUACUCUCGCCGAGGCAGCCGUUUUCAGUAUCGACAACUAUGGUCGUAUAUCAACCAGUUACACUCCCUCUGGUGGUUCUGCGACCGACUACUUCCUUCUUGACCCUACCGCAGGCACUCCGGGGGCUGGUAAGGCUAUGUUGGCGGUCGCCGGAACCGCCGGCACCAGCGGCUACUGGCUAUCCUUUUAUUACUUCGGAACGACUAAUCAGCUUGUCAUUGAUCCACAACGGAAUAAUCCGGCUACUGCUGGUGAUCCAAAGACAGGAGAACAUUUGUUCUUGAUGUGCACUUACAGCCCAACCACGUAUAAACAACUCGCUUUUGGUGUCAGUACUAACACAAAUACUGGGGGUACCGAUUGUACGGAGACUACGUUCUCCCUUACAGCUUAA